GAAGCGAGCGACAGUAGUAUCAGACUAUCAGUAGAAGCUCUCUCUCUCUCCCACUUCGUCGUCUUCGUAGUCUUCGCCCUAGGGUAACCUAGUUCGCUCGCCAUGGAUGCGGCAGAGCCCUUCUCCCGCGACAAUUGCGUGUACCUAGCGAAGCUCGCGGAGCAAGCCGAGCGCUACGAGGAGAUGGCCGGGUACAUGGAGACGCUCGCGCGCGCGACCCCGUCCCUGGGCGAGUUCACGGCGGAGGAGCGCAACCUCUUCUCCGUGGCCUACAAGAACCUCGUGGGCGCGCGCCGCGCCGCGUGGCGCAUCGUCUCCUCCGUCGAGCAGAAGGAGCAGGGGCGCCGCGAGGAGGAGCGCGCCGCGCUCGCGAGGUCGUACCGGGCGCGGAUCGAGGCCGAGCUCGCCGCAGUGUGCGCCCGCAUCCUCGCCCUCCUCGAUUCCCACCUCGUCCCCUCCGCCGCGUCGAGCGAGUCCAAGGUCUUCUACCUCAAGAUGAAGGGCGACUACCACCGCUACCUCGCCGAGUUCAAGGCCGGGGCCGAGCGCAAGGAGGCCGCCGAGAACACCCUCGCCGCGUAUAAGGCGGCCGAGGAAGUUGCUCUUGUUGAUCUUCCACCAACUAAUCCUAUAAGGCUAGGAUUGGCGCUUAAUUUCUCAGUGUUUUACUACGAGAUCGUGAAUUCCUCAGAGAAAGCCUGUGCCAUGGCAAAGCAGGCAUUCGAUGAUGCCAUUGCUGAGAUAGACACACUUGGUGAAGACUCUUACAAGGACAGCACACUCAUCAUGCAGCUUCUCCGUGAUAAUCUCACUCUUUGGACUUCUGAUGCACAGGAGCACAUAGACGAAGCAUAGGAGAGGCAUGAAUGGGAUAUUGUAUGCGGGGAGGUGGACUUAGAUGUCAUGUGUCUGUUUACUAAAAUAGAACAAGAUCGGAUGUCUCUGAAGACUAAUAGAACAAGAUGUACUUUUAUAUGGUUGCUACUUGGUACAAUGAUGCUACCUUCUAGAUUUCUAUAGAUUCUAUAACAUCUUUCUCAGUGUGCAUAUAUUGUUAAUUCCUCCUGCCCCGUGCUGAUUGGAGGUGAUUGAGAAAGAAAUUGCUGUGGUUGAGAAAAAACAUGUAGUCCCCAUCUAGCUAUUGGGCUCUUGUGCUGCUCUCUUCUGAUUUAGAACGUUUUGAUGCAUCUGACUCGUGGAAUUAUAUUG